AUGAAAACACUUGCUAACAAGGUUAUUUCAUCAUCAAUUAUUACCGCUUCUCGAGGAUCCUCUCUCAAGAAUGGUUCUAUUCUUGUUGGUGGUACUUUUAAUACAUUACCAUUGAUCAAUAUUGGAAAACAUCAUCCAUCAUUUUCAAUAAUUGAAAUUGCUAGAAGAAAUUAUCAUGCAACAAGUAGUAAAAUGUUCUUUGAUUUGAAAAAGGCCAAACAAGAAGCAGAGACUGUAGUUUAUUCCGAACAAGAACAGAAUGAAUUGAUCAAAAAUUAUCAACUACUUGAGGACAAAUUUCAGAGAUUAACUGAGAAUAUUAUUGAAUAUCGUAGAAAUCAUCCUACUCCUGUUCAAUUAGAAACGAACCACUUAUUUGUUCAAGUUUGUGAUAUUGUAAAUUUUUGUUACAAAACCUUUCCGACAGGUAGUGCUCCAGUUAACAUGCAAGUUAGAUUCUUCAAAUCAAAUGUUGGAAUGAAGUCAUAUGUCUUGAUGAAGAAGGUUGAGUUGUUAAUGUUAAAGAUUGUAAAUCAAGAAUGGUUCCCAGUUGAAACAAUCAGAACUCAAUUCCAUGAGGAAAAUAUCAUGGAAUCCAUUUCUGAUGUUGUUCAUCCUCCUGAUACACCUAUUGACGAUACACUCUUCUUGUAUGCUUCUUAUAAUACAGCCCUUUCUUAUGCAGCUUUCAUUCCAAAACUAAACAUUAGAGAUAUGGUGAGACCAAUCACAAAGGAAAAUCUAAUUGCUGCAACAUUAUUCUUGUUUAAUCGAUUGAAGGAUUUUCCAGAUUGGACCGAUGAGUUUAGAGCUUAUGUCGAGUGUGUCUUUUCAGAUUAUGAAUCAGCCAAAUUGGCUUAUACUACUGCAAAUCCAAUUGAAAAUGAACCAGCUUUCCAUUAUAAUGCUGAUGAUAAUGCUUAUUCUUACUUGGGAAAGACAUUCACAGAGCACGAGUUUGAUUGGUUCGAAGAUAUUGAAACAAAUAUUCCAAUUCAUCUUGGAAAUUUUAUCAAAGCUGUGUCGGCUGCUGCUUAUUUUGAUGGAGAUAGAAAGCAAAGUAUUGAUAUUUUGGAUGAAUGUAUCAAAACUGAUCCAAAGAAUAUUUAUAUUCACUAUUUGAAGGCAUCUUGUUUAAACAAUCUCACUAGUUCAGAGUCAGACCUUAAUAUUGUUCGCAAUAAUUACUCAGAUGCUAUUCAUCAUUUGGAGAAGGCAUUGGCCUAUCUUGAAAAUAUUCCAAAGUUGCCACUUCCUACUCUUGCAAAGACUAAUUUUUCACACGAAAUUGAAGAACCAGAAAAACAGGUUGAAAGAAUUAACGAUCUCAAAUUCACACCAAUUUGUUUAUUAUUGGCCAACGUGUAUGCAAGAGCUGCUGAAUCUGGAGUUUCAAUAGAUUUGCGACACAUUUACGGUGCAAAGGGGGUCGAUUAUGUCAGACAAGUUGAAUUAUAUUCAAGAUCACCUAAUGAGCCUUAUUUGUAUAUGAGUAAGGGAGGUUGCUAUUAUGCUUGUGGUAUGUAUGAAUUGGCAGUCAAUGCCUAUUCUUCUGUUGAAAGAUUUGAAGCAGUUUUGGAUCCAAACGCCAUCAUUGACUCUCUUUGUUAUGCUUCGAAUGGAAUGGUUGCUCUUGGGUAUUCUGAUAAGUGUUUGGAAGCAAUGGAAUUUUAUAUUGAAAAAUAUAAUAAUGAUGCGAGAUUAGUUUUUCAAAAGAUUCUCUGUAAAGAGUACAUGUGUAGAUCAAAGGAUGAAUUGAGACAGGUUUUGAAAGAAUUCGAACAAUUAAAGGAGAGCAUUCAAGAUUUGAAACUCACUCCAUGGAUUUAUUCAAGGGUUAACGAGCAAACCGAUGCAAGAAUUAACGAUAUUUUUGCAGCUAUCAACAAUCCACAAAUUGCUGAACGUUGGUAAUAACUAAGCACAUGGUCUAAGUUUGAAAAGGUGUUAAAUAAACAUCUUUUAACUUACCAUUGUGAUAUAUAAUAGUCUGAUCUACAUGUGUUGCAAACAGGAAGGUGUACCUUCCUAUAUUUAUUGAGAUAAUCAAUAAAGUUUGGAAUGUGUCAG